AUGAACACUGUACCAGGGAAUUUGUUCGUAGUCUCUGGAAAACCUCGUAUGUACUUUCUUGUUGUGGGAGAUAUGCGUUUCGUAGUUCAGGCCACGAGUUAUUUUGUGAAGUUUAGCGACAAGUUUAUUCAUUCACCGUUUGUCUCAGUUCUUACGGUGAUGGUGAUGAUAAACAGUCAGUCACGUUGUCAAUUUUUGAACAGCCAAAACCAAGCCUGCUACACAAUACUUAAGAAUUAUAUUAAGGGUGAUAUAGAUUUAGAGGUCCUUGAUGAAAACGACGUGAAUAUUCUUAUCAUUUCCAUCUUCACCAACGUCACCUCCAACACCAGUUCCAUCUCCACCAACGUUACCUCCAACAAUAGCUCCCACUCCAACGCCGUCACCUCCUCCAACAAUAGUUCCAUCUCCACCACCGUCUCCUCCAACAAUAGUUCCACCUCCAACGCCGUCACCUCCUCCAACAAUAGUUCCAUCUCCACCACCUCCACCACCGUCACCUCCAACAAUAGUUCCACCUACAACGCCGUCACCUCCUCCAACAAUUAUUCCAUCUCCACCACCGUCACCUCCUCCAACAAUAGUUCAUCUCCACCACCUGUCUCCUCCAACACUAUUCAUCCCACCACGUCACCUCCACACACGUUCCACUCCACCACGUCACCUCCCAACACCAGUUCCACCCUCCACCACCGUCACUCCUCAACACCAGUUCCACUCCACCACCAGUCACCUCCAACACCAGUUCCACCCCCACCACCGUCACCUCUCCAACACAUUUCCCACUCCACCACGUCACCUCCUCAACACCGUUCCACCUCCACCACACUCACCUCCAACAAUAGUUCCAUCUCCACCACCGUCACUCCAACACCAGUUCCACCUCCACCACCGUCACCUCUCCAACACCAGUUCCACUCCACCACCGAUCACCUCUCCAACACCAGUUCACUCACCGUCACCUCCAACAAGUCCACCUCCCCAGUCAUCCAACAGUUCCACUCCACCACCGUCACCUCCUCCAACACCAUCUCCACCACCGUCACCUCCUUCAACAAUAGUUCCACCUCCACCACCGUCCCCUCCAACACCAGUUCCACCUCCACCACCGUCACCUCCAACUUCCACCUCCACCAUCGUCACCUCCAACAAUAUUCCACCUCCACCGCCGCCAUCUCCUCCAACAGUAGUUCCAUCUUCAUCGUUGUCUCCUCCUCCAACACCAGUUCCACCUCCAGCCCCGUCACCUCCUCCAACACCGCCAAUAUCUCCACCAUCAACAUCGAUACCUCCAACACCAUCCAUGUCCCCAUUUUCACUAUCAUCACCAACAACAUCAUCGCCAACGCCAUCAUCACCGUCCAUCCCUCCAUCACCAGCCAUGUUUCCAUCGUCGCCAUCCUCCAUAUCUCCAUCACCAUCUCCAUCUUCGCCUUCACCACCACCGGCAGAUACAUCUGUGAGACAGAGGAACAGGGAUAA